AAAAACAACGGAGACGACUGAUCACGGUUUAGCCUGUAGUCCUCCUCCGCCUCUUUUGUACGUCAUAGACGAUAUGCACAUGGAUAAAUCAGAUUGUGAGGGACCAAACGCCGACGACCACUGUGAGAGUGUUUUUCCCAUCCCCGAUGAAAUCCCAGAUUCUAAAUUGGAGGAAUAUUUUCUGCGAAUGAAAUCGAACUAUGAACCUUGCUAUAGAGCCACACUGGAUAAGGCUGCGCGAACCAUCACAUUCUCUCAACAACCACUCAAGUUGAUGCCUGGUCCUGCUUUGAACAAAUAUGGCGUGCUUGAACUCAACACUUUCUUUGUGUACUUCCCCGAAAACCGAGCAACAAAGUUGAAAGCCGCAUGGCCUGAGGUUGAAUUAACCUUAGAUGCCUACUCCCUUUCAUGCGAUCUGAAUCUGGCCAAGUGUUGCAUGCAAGUCUCAACAACCCCAUCGCUUGAGGAUCCAUGUAUGAUUGAAAAGGCUAGGCAUCUCCUUGAACUGUUGUCCACAACUCUUGUUCCGCCAUAUAUGGCGUUAGAAAUUUUCCAAGAAGUUAGGCAACAGGAAACCAUCAACAUAGGAUUUCAGCAGGGUGGGAUUUGCUCAAAAUUUGGGAUCAAGAAGGAUGACUAUCUUAAACGAUGGAAAUGUCUCUUCUGCUCGCUAAAGGCACUUUCAAAAGCGACACAUUGUCAUAUCUUUCUUGACGAAAACACUUUUACUGCUGUGACUACUGUGGGUAGCUCAGUUGAAAGAAUUUCUCAGCUGAAGGCUGUUGUGGAAGACUGUAUAACCAAGAAUCUGUGUCCUUCGACCUCUAUUAGGAGGUUUGAAACGGAAGUUGUAAUGUAUCAAUCGAUGGAUGAUCUUGAUGAUCCACAUGCCAAGCACACGGAAUGCUUGAAGUCUGGCCCUUUGUCGGACAAAGAUGGAAUGCUUGAAGUCUGCUCGCUAUAUGCAUUACUCCAUGAAAGACGAGUAUCGAAGUUGGAAGAAUCUUUGCCAAUGCUCGAGUCUUCCCUAAGGAACUAUGGCAUUUCAUAUACUCUGGAUAAGAAUUCGAUGGUAUUGUCAGCAACGAGAGGUACCGAGGAGCCAGAUAUCAUUGACAAGGCUUGGCAGCUCCUUGAACUUUUGUCAACAACUCAUGUUCCAGCAUCUAUGGCAAUAGAAUUAUUGGAUUGCUUGCAAACUUGCCUUAUCAAAAUUGGGAAUCAAGAAGGUGGACUCUGCUCAUUAUUUGGGAUUAAGGAGGAGGAAUAUCGUGAACGAUGGGAAUGUCUUCGCCACUCCCUACAGAUACUUGCUGAAGUGGUGGAGUGUAAUGUAUUUCUUAACGAUAACACUGUUGCUGCUGUGGGGGAAACCUCAGUAGUAAUGGUCAAGCAGUUGGUGGAAAACUGCAUUCUUCAUAAUUUGUGUCCUGGGACUGCCGCCAAGAAUUAUAAUUAUUUAUCAGAAGGUGUGAAAAGUAUUGAGGACCCACAUGUACAGCACAUGGAUAUAGGAAAUUCUGGGUCAGCGAUGAUGGUCAUGCCUGAACUCUCCUCUUUCUGUAUGUUCUUUGAUGGAGAACAAGCAACUCGGUUGGAAAAAGAUUGGAAGUGUGUGGAAGCGUGCUUAAAGAAGCAUGGCAUUUCUUGCAAACUGAUUGCUGCGGUCGAGUGUUGUAUGAUAGUCUCCAAAACAACAAAUGCUGGGGAUCCAGAUAUCACUGACAAGAUUUGGGAUUUCCUUAAACUUCUGUCAAUUGAUGUUGAGCCUUCUAAGGCAAUAGAAGUACUGAAUGGCCGUCUGCAUUUUGACUUCAUCCCGACAGGGUAUAUUUAUGGUGGGGGGCUCUGUUCAAAAUUUAGGAUCACUGAGGAGCAAUUUGCUGAAGUGGUGUGGCCACGUAUUGAGCGCGGCUUAGAGGAAAUUUCAACUCAACUGAAGUGCGAGUACAUUAUUAGUCCAAACUUUAUUACUGUCUGGGGACCUGGAGAACUAGGGGUGUUCAGAAGGUUUGUGGAACACUGUUUUUGUUUCAGACCUCGUCCGACUUGUGUCAUGCGGGCUAGGAUAAAAGGCAGGUUCGUGCCACCUUUUGGUUGUGAGGCUCGUGCAUUUUUCUUUGGCGAGGAUGUGGCCAUGCUUGACGCCUAGAGAUGGACUGUAGAAGCUUUUGAGGCUUUGUAACUAUUUCACUGUUAAGUAUUGGUGUGUGUGAUGGCGUUUGAAUUUGUGAACUCUGAUUUAUGUGUUUAGACUGUUGAUAAUACCAAAUUCUAAAUGUGGUGAUAGGGCCCACUACUU